UUAAAAAAGCGUUUCAUAAUAAAAUAAAUUCAGUCAAAUUAUGAUUAAAUAUUAUAUUUACGAUGAAAUUGUCAUUCAUGAUAAAAUCGAUGACUUUUGGGUGAAUAUUCACAGAGAUGUCAUCGAUUUAACACCGUUACUUCAAGAUAGAAGAGAUAGUUGGAAUUUGAAUCUUGAAUAUAUGUUGGGCUUUGGUGGAAAAGAUUUAAGUUCAUAUUUCUACAAAGAUGGUACUCCACGAUGUGAGACUUCACCUCAAACUGGAAAAAAGAGAGUUCUUUUCCCGCCAAUUGUUGAAGUGACAACAAGUGACAUGUUGCGAACAAAAGAAAAAAUUUGGAGUCAAGAUCCAAAAUACAAAAUUGGCAAACUUACAAAACAAGAACGUCAAAUUCGAAUCAUAAACACUCUUACUGGAACAACUCAAUUAAUGAAGGUUUGCGAGGAAGAUACAAUUUACGACAUCAUGGUAAAAUAUAAAAGAUUUUACAACUUCCAUGCUAGCAGCUAUAUUUGGAAAAAAAAACCAGGAUCCAAAUCCAGACGACUCUUCUUCAAUAAAACCUUAACCGAAAAUGGAUUUUUCAAGGAAAAUCAUGGAAUUCCACCUUCGAUUUGGCUUUAUUAUUCUGAUGAUUUAACUAUUGCUUAGUCAUAUCAUAAAUUAAUAAAUAAAUGAAGAAGUAUCAAUUUUCUUUAAUUAUAUUAAUAAAUUCAAGAAAAAUUA